AGGAAGCCUGUCUUUGAAUAAUUCUGUUGAAAACUAACUUUACACACCAUAGUUUGAACCUUAAAUUCUUAAAUUGCAGCUAAUCUGUAAUAGCGUGACAAGACAGGCAAAACAGACACUGGAUCACCAGAGGAACUGGAAAGUGGGUGGCGAGCGCUUUAAGAAGAGUCAAGAGUGGAGCGUCUGAACGAGGGAAAUCCUCGUGCAUAAAGCCUUUGUUUUUGUCAGGGUCUAACUCGUUCAUCUGCAGCAACUUUUUUCAUCUCAAGGAGCAGAUGACAUAACCUGAAGACAAGAAGACUCUUCAGGAAAAUAUCAAGCGGAAAUCAAGAGAAGCAACAGGUGGAGGCUCUGGAGCCGCGGAUGGGAGGGGGCUCCGGGGCUUUGUUGUGAUAGUAAAGGCUCCACCGGUCAGCGCUUUCUCCCCGGGCACGGUACUGCACGGAGCGGGGACUGAAGCAGAGGAGAGCGGCUGUUCCUCCAGAGCCACACCGGACACAUACGCAGUGAUGGUGUGCUGCAGGAAGCGGAGUGUGUCUCCAGCUCUAACACGUCUCUAGCCCUUUGGAUGAACAUCAGACCAGUGCUCUGACCUCAGAUGUAUUAAAGGUCAGACUGCUGAUAUGGAGAAUCGCAGUCUGCUGUCCCUCUCGCUGGCCUUGUUAAGCUUCCUGAGCCCAUGUCUGACAGCACUGACUCCCAGGGUCUCCUUCCAGAUGGGGAGUCCUGGGAGACAUGUGACCCUCUUCAGCAGCCCUGAUGUCAGCAACACCAGCACCUUGCUGCUCAGUGAGGACGGAGACAUGCUGUAUGUGGGGGCCCGGGAUGCUGUGUUAGCUCUGGACGUUAGCCACAAGGAGGCUAUCACACUGAGGAGUAAGCUGGACUGGAGCCCUUCAGAGAAAGACCUCGAACAGUGUUCCAUGAAGGGCAAGAAAAUGGCAAACUGUCCUAAUUUUAUCCGUGUGCUGCAGUUCUUGAACGCCACUCACAUCUACGCCUGCGGAACGUUCGCCUACAGUCCCCGCUGCACCUACAUCACCUCUGAGACGUUGAUGAUGAGCAUGAAGCCCGAUGAAGGCCGAGGUCGCUGCCCCUAUGACCCCUACCAGCGCAACACCGCCAUCAUCGUAGACGGAGAGCUCUACACCGGCACUGUGGCAGACUACAGGGGGAACCGGCCCGUCAUCUCCAGACACCUGAGUGAGGGCCGGAGGGUGGACCUGAAGCUGGAUGACACGCUGGGCUGGCUGGAGGACCCAACCUUCAUCAGCUCCAGCUUCAUCCCCGAUGAGGAGAAGAUCUACUUCUUCUUCAGUGAGGUGGGCAGAGAGUACGACUUCAUCGACAAGUUCAUCGUUUCCCGCGUGUCUCAGAUCUGCAUGAGUGACGUGGGGGGUCAGCGGACCCUGCAGAGGCGCUGGACAACGUUUGCCAAAGCUCAGCUGCUGUGCCAGGCCGACAACGAGCUGCCCUACAACGUGAUCCAGGACAUUGACAGCCUCCCGCCAGCAGAGGGUGCUCCUGCAGAUGACACUCUCUUCUACGGCAUCUUCACCUCCCAGUGGUCUGUGAAUUCCGGACGCUCAGCAGUGUGUUCAUUCCGCCUCGCUGACAUCAAAUCAGUGUUCUCUGGGAACUACAAAGUCCUGAACAGGGACACGUUACAGUGGAGCACACGGGUUCAAGAGAAGGUCGCCAAUCCAGGAGAGUGCGGUCUGCACAACGCGUCGGACAACGCGCUGCGCUUCGUCAAAGAGAACUUCCUGGCAGACGACAGCGUGCGGCCGGUGGGGAGGAGUGUGACCGUGGUGUCGGCUGAGCACAGCUACACACACCUGACGGUGCAAAGGGUGCAGGCCGCAAACAGCAGGAGCUACACCGUGCUGUUCCUGCUCACAGACUCUGGGUACCUUCACAAAGCCGUGCUGCUGCAGAGCGGGGCCCACAUCAUAGAGGAGGUGCAGGUGUUUGAGCAGCCUCAGCCAAUCAAGAGCCUGAAGCUGUCCACAGCCAAGGGUAUGCUAUAUGUGGGCUCCUCAGAGGGGGUGGUGAGGGUCCCAACAGCAAACUGCUCCUUCUACUGGACCUGUCCUCAGUGUAUUCUGGCCCGGGACCCCUUCUGUGGCUGGGACCCAAACAUCAGGGCCUGUGUGGAGGCCUCCAGCUCCCAGGCCAGUCUGGGCCAGGAUGUAGACCGAGGGAAUGUUGAAGAGGCGUGCAACAGUGUUUCAUUCUCACACAGAGCCCGGUUCAGUCCAAACAAACUGCCUGCAGGGGAGCUGGUGUCGGUGUCUCUGAACGAGGUGGUGCGUCUGCAGUGUCCUGCAGCAUCCUUGCUCUCCCAGCAGCUGUGGGAGCGUCCCAACAGCCGGCUUUCCUCCGACUUGUACCUGCACCUGGAGGAUGGCAGCCUGAGCUUCGUGGCGACCCCUGCCACCCUGGGCCCCUACCUCUGCCUGUCCACGGAGAAUGGCUACCAGCAGACUGUCGCCAUCUACCACGUCCAGCAGAGGAGCGGCCCUGUGGCUCAGACCCCCAGCAGCUACAACUGGCCCCAGAACCCCCCCAUCGCCACCACAGAGGCAGGGGCCCGGCUGCGUCCCUCAGCGGGGCCCGAGGGAACAGAAACAAGUCAAAUAGAAACUGAGCCGACACCCACCAGCAGGGACGCUCUGCGGGGGAGGAACGUGUCCCUGUGGGAGGAGGAGCCAAAAGAGGCGGAGCUCCGGGAUAGGGGGCCCCUGCAGUCGGCGCGGGGCCCCUGCUACCUAAAGGAGCUGGUGGUGGUGUCUGUGCUGCUGGUGCUGAGCCUCAGCCUGCUCAUCACCACACUGCUGUACCUCUUCAGACAGCGCUGCCGGAGCCGGACAGCCCCCCAGGCAAGGCCCCCCAGCAGAGACUCAGACAGAAGGACCCCUGCGGAUCAGGAGGGCCUCAGGGGGAGCCAGGUUCUGAGCAAACGUAACGGACAGGCCCGUGGUUUCGCUUGUAACGGGGCCCUCACAGGAUCUAACGGACAUUUGCCGAACACCCCCAUCUGAACAAUGUGACAUCAGGGGGGGGGGGGGCGUCAUCUGUUUGCACAGCCAAUGACAUGGUACAAAUACUGCUGACUCAUCCUCAUAGGUUGGAUCUGGGUCUGAUAGGAUGACGGACACUCUGUGGUACUUCAGUGCAGAGAGACAGAAAGGGGCUGCUGGCCCUUUAAAUACUUUAGAGACCGCUCAGGCCAGGGACCACUACAGAUACACGUGUCUAUAUGGAAUUAAUUUUGCCAAACACAUUUUGGAGGAGUCUAUGCCGGGGUUAGCUCAGGUGCUCUGUCAGUAUUGUAUCAUAGGUAGGUGGUCCGGGUCACACACACUUUCAUGUGUCGUGUAGAACAGAGGUCAGGCCUGUGUGUGUGUGUGUGUGUGUGUGUGUGUGUGUGUGUGUGUGUGUGUGUGUGUGUGUGUGUGUGUGUGUGUGUGUGUGUGUGUGUGUGUGUGUGUGUGUGUGUGUGUGUGUGUGUGUGUGUGUGUGUGUGUGUGUGUGUGUGUGUGUGUGUGUGUGUGUGUGUGUGUGUGUGUGUGUGUGUGUGUGUGUGUGUGUGUGUGUGUGUGUGUGUGUGUGUGUGUGUGUGUGUGUGUGUGUGAGAGACACAUCAAGUGAACGUGCCUUGGCUGUGGGUGAGCUGUCACCACUGGCUUCCUGUGCGUCAUGCACACCAUUGGGACACGUGCAGCAUGUCUGUCACGGGCUGUCACUCAGAUUUUGAUGAACUCAAAUAAAGAGAUUACAUCUGGAUUUCUGACUUCACCUGAUUUCUAAGGUCCUACAGAGAAACCUGAGGUGCUUUGGUUUGCCUUAUUAAUGUCUCUUGGCUCCCAGAAACUGCCAGAAGGAAUCCUGGAGGAGGAGCGGGUGAGUCGGUCCCUGAAGGCCCCACAGCUAUUAGGAAAAAUGGUCCCGUCUACGACCUUUUUCUUAACGCCAUGAACCACAAAAUUGUGUGUCCUAAUUUAUUCAAGAUUCAAGAAGCUUUAUUUAUCCCGAGGGGAAAAAAAGUACAUCUUUCUUUCUUUUUUUUAAAAUAAAUCUCUGAUAAAUCUUAUCAGAGCAUCUAUAUGCCAGUGUUUUGGAAUAGUUUGACACAUCCAGCAUCCAAAAUGGUGGCCUGAGCUCAAAUGACAGCGAUUCAUUUUAUUUUUUUCAAUUUAUCAGGAUGCUAUAGUGAGGCAA